AUGUCGAUUGGCACCUUAACAGGCCUUGUCUUGGUUGUUGGUUUGCUGGCGUAUAUGUUACGUAGCAAAAGGCGCAAGAAGGCUCCUGUACCCUCAGGUAUGUUUUGUCUGUAUUCUUUCGCCGCAUUCCCGUAAUUUUUAAAAUCGUUUUUGUAAUUAAUAAACAGAAAACUGAGUAGUCUUUUUUUAAUACUUGAAAUGUUAUGCCUUCCUUUCAUUAUAGAUUACAAAUACCACGUGUUUAUAAUAUACAACAAUGAAGAUAGAUUAUGGAUGAAAAAACUCCUAACAUUCUUAGAAGACAAGCAUAAUUUAAAGUGCUGCGUACACUACAGAAACUGGAUCGUCGGGAGACCUUUUCGAGACAGCAUGGCAGAAAGUGUCAAUAAUAGUUACAAAAUAAUAGCACUAUUUUCAAGCAAUUCUAUAAAAAGCAACUACUUCAGUUAUGAAUUAGAUCUUGCGAUAGACCGACAAGAGAAAAGCGGAGAUCAUAGUUUGGCUGUGAUAAGAAUAGAUGGAGUCAACUUUAAAGAACUGCCAUCAGAACUUAGGAACAAAACUUUAAUAGACUGCAAAGACCCCUCACAAAGGCUAAUUUGGAAAACAAAGCUGCUCGAGUUUCUCGAUUUGCCACUUGAUUCUGAUAAUAACAAUGCAGAAGACUAUCAAGUUAAUAUAAACAAUGGUGUUACAAGGACUAGAUUUUCGAGGCUUGACAGUACGACUAGCAACGACUUACAGACACCCUUGAUAUAG